AUAGAAAACAAAAAUAGAUCCAUUGAUAAGGCAUAUCUCUAGAACCCCUAAAUCCUCCCUCGCCCUUUUCUUCCUCAUUAGCUAUGUCUACCAAAAAAGGCGGAGUUUCACUACCGGAUCGUCCCGGCGCCGGAGAUGGUAUCAUUUCUAGGUUUUCAUCAUCCAUAUCUGAAUCACCGAUUGUGUACCAAGGGAAGCGAGCCGCUUCCGAUGUCGCGUUUGUAGCCAAGAAACUUUUCAAGAGCACCGGAAAAGCCGCCUGGAUCGCCGGGACUACUUUUCUGAUACUCGUUGUUCCGUUAAUUAUCGAGAUGGAUCGCGAUGCGCAGCUCACUGAACUCGAGAUGCAACAAGCUAGCUUGUUGGGAGCACCUCCUCCUGCAGGAGCAAAGUGAGGAUUUUGAUUUCGUCUUUUUUUUUGUCUUUAGGGAUAUGGAUUACUUUUUAGUGAUUUAGGAACCUUGCAAUAAGACGAUGGUAUGGAAUUUUCUAAUUUAUCAUUUUGAAACCCAAUCCGUAUAAUGUUUUGGGUCUUCAUUAUGUAACGGAUCGUAUUUUGGCAAUUGCUUUCUCUAUUACAAUGUUACCAUAAGCAGGAAUACCCAAAUUUGCAGCUA